AAGCUUUCACAUUCACCCAUCACUUCUCUCCAUCACAUGCUCUGCAGCUCCUUUCAAAAAUAUGGAAAUAUAAAUAUGGCAAUAAACAACUCCCCAAACUAUUUGAGAGGAAAAAAAAAUAAAAAUUUCUCAUACACGUACUCAUGCUUGUUGGUUGUUAUCUGAAAUUUUCCUGACAUUCCACAGAUCUUAGCAAGACUUGGGUUUUUUGUAUGAUUCUUUGGAUGUGGUGUUGUGGAAUCUGAACCCACAACCCAUCUUUGUUUUCACAUUUAUUACUGGGUUGGGUUCCCAUCUGAUCUCUGGCUUGGUUUUGGUCUCCAGUCAAAGGGGUGGAUUUGAAGCAAAGCUGAGAAAAUCACAAGCCAAAUGAACACUCUGUAAUGUGCUAGUGUGGUUUCGAUUUUCACACGCUGACAUGGAAAAAAGAAAAUGGUUGUGGAAGAGGAAGUCUUCUGAGAAAAGCCCUGGUGAAUCUGAAAGUUCUGGAUCAAUAUCUUCUCAUUCUGAGAGAUACUCUGAUGAUCAGGAAGCAUUAAAGGCAUCGCCAAAUCAUAACACUCAAUCACCAGAAUUCAUAUCAAAAGCUGCUGUCAGUAAGGAAGAAAUUAUCGAUAGUGUUAAGAUCUUGACAGAGAAGUUAUCAGCUGCUCUUGUGAAUGUUAGUGCAAAAGAGGACUUGGUUAAGCAGCAUUCCAAAGUUGCUGAAGAAGCUGUAGCAGGCUGGGAAAAGGCUGAAAAUGAGGUGGCAGUUUUAAAACAAGAACUUGAGGCAGCAAUUCAGCAAAACUUGGCACUUGAAGAUCGUGUGAGCCAUCUUGAUGGAGCUCUCAAGGAAUGUGUAAGGCAGCUGAGACAAGGAAGAGAGGAGCAAGAACAAAAGAUUGAAGAAGCUUUGUUGGAGAAAACCUGUGAAUUUGAAUCCACCAAAGUAGAGCUUGAAGGCCAGCUUCUCCAAUUCCAGGCCCAAGCAGUGGCAGCCAAAUCUGAAUCUCUCGUUUCUGUCGAUCCUGAUCUUCAUAUCAAGCUUGAGUCUUUGGAGAAAGAGAACGCAGCUCUCAAGCUCAAGCUUCUUUCUCAAUCUGAGGAGUUGGAAAUCAGUACUAUUGAGAGAGACUUGAGUGCCCAAGCAGCGGAAACUGCUAGCAAGCAGCAUUUAGAGAGCAUUAAGAAAGUAACCAAGCUUGAGGCUGAGUGCAGAAGACUUCAAGCAGUGACUCGUAAAUCCUCUUCGGCUAAUGAUCAGAAAUCUCUUGCUGCUUCCUCAAUUUAUGUAGAGUCUCUAACCGAUAGUCAAUCAGAUACUGGGGAGCGGCUAAAUGCGUUGCAGAAUGCGUGUGAACCAAGCUGCACAGACUCAUGGGCAUUGGCUCUAAUUACUGAGCUUGAUCAAUUCAAGAACGAAAAAACUCUCAGAAAAAGUAUUACAGGGUCUUCCCUUGAGAUUGAUAUCAUGGAUGAUUUUCUUGAAAUGGAGCGACUUGCUGCACUGCCUGAGACAGAGACUAGGACCCAAUGCCUUGAAUCAGUAGUUGAUGCCAACCAAUUGAGUCAUGGUGAAAAUCCACUCAAAGCUGAAUUUGAAGCAAUGAAGCAUCGGGUGGCUGGAUUGGAAGAAAAAUUGGAGAAGAUAGAGGCAGAGAAAGAUGAACUUGAGAAAGCCCUAACUGCAAGCCAAGAUUCUGUUGAGGCAUCUCAGUCUCAGCUGAAGGAGGUGGAAAUGAGGUUGGAGGAGCUGCAGAAGGAGCUAACUGCAGUAAAUGAAUUGAAGGAACUGCUUGAGUUUCAACUGAUCGGUAUAGAAGUGGAGGCACGGACCAUGAGUGCAAAGGUUGGUUCGCUAAAUGAAGAGGUUGAAAAGGAGCGGAGUUUGUCAGCAGAAAUGGCUGUCAAGUGUCGAGAAUUAGAGGAUGAACUAACAAGAAAAUCUCAAGAAAUUGAACUUCAACAAACUGCUAUUUCAAAUGGCAAACCUAAAAUAAAGCAGGAGGACUUGGAUGUGGCAGCUGGGAAACUUGCAGAGUGCCAAAAGACAAUAGCAUCCCUGGGGAGGCAGCUUGAAUCCCUUGCAACACUGGAAGACUUCCUUAUCGAUACUGCAAACCUACCGGGGUUUUCUAGAGGAAGAUUGAUGAUUCCUAGAGCUGGUGAACUAUGGAAGUUGCAUGGUAAUGAGACAUUUAUGCCCAAGAGUGACUCAGAUCUUUUGAAAAUGCCCGUAGAGAACUCCGAUCCUUCAGUGAAUGGUAAUGAUAAGAAAUCACCUGCUUCUUCAUCGUCAUCAACAUCAACUUCAUCAUCAGCGUCGUUAAGCCAGGUCACCUCUGCUAAGAGCCGAAAUGGUUUUGGAAAGUUGUUCUCUAGAAGUAAGAGUGGCAUUCAACUUGAAAACCAGCAAGCAUGAACGAUAGAGGUUUUCACAGGGGGAAACAAAAAAAAAAAGAAAAAAAAAAAGAAAAAAAGAAAAGAAAAAGAAUUUGGCAUUGUAUACCAUGAGAUCUUUGUGUUUUUAUUGAUCAUGAAUUAGGGAAAUUGCUGAUUAAAUUCUUUUUGAUUGGCAAUUAAUAUGGUUUGGAUGUGGUGUGUCUAAAUUUUGAAACCUCAAAAGGGGUUUUGAAUGUGCUGUGGUUGUGUUUGGUUUGAAUUUAGUUAUCAAAAUGCUUUAGGUUUUGUUUCUUCA